AUGGGUCAACUCGACAACGACAACUGGCUCUACCCAGGAGACGGUCUCACCAGUGAGAACGGCAGCGCCGAGUUCAAAAUUGAGGGCGACGGCAGGAUGUCUAUCUACUGGGAUGGCGAAGUUAUCUGGCAAAACACAGAUGAAGGACGUGAAGACAUCAAGGGCAUUCAUCUGCAAGAUGAUGGUAACUUGGUGCUGUACACCCACGACGAUGAAGCCGUCUGGGCUUCCAACACCGAGGAUCAUGGCGACGAGGUGUACCUGCGUGUACAGGAUGAUGGAAACAUUGUCUUGUACAAGGGAGAGGAUGAUGACGCUGAGGCUGUUUGGGCUAGCAACACUGUCCAUGAAGAGGAUUAA